UGACGUUCAUGUUUUCUGUUCCCUGGGGCCACAGUGUUUUCAACGGGACUCAACUUACCACUUUACUGGACUCGCCAUGGCCGCUUGAUCCGGCCUUAAAUAUCCCCCGUUCUCCGAGACAUUUACACAAACUUUUUCCAGAUAAACUUUCGGCUUUUGUGUUAGUUUUUAUGUCAAGGAACGAGGAUGCAACCCCCACCGAGAAAGGUCCGGGUCACCCAGGAGCUGAAACACAUUCAUGCAGAGCAGUUGAGCAGAUUGCACAUCAAACACCAGACAGAAUGUGACCUCCUGGAAGACUUGAGGAGUUUUAGCCAAAAGAGGGCAGCUGUUGAGAGAGACUACGCCCAGGCUUUGCAGAAGUUGGCGAAUCAGUAUCUAAAGCGGGAAUGGCCCGACAGUGUGACAGAAGAACAAGCUGACCACAGGAACAUGUACUGUGUGUGGAGGGCGUAUCUGGAGGGCACGGUCCAGGUCACCCAGUCCAGAAUCAGUACCUGCGAUAACUACAAAGUCCAGGUCGCAGAUCCGGCUAAGACGGCCAGGCUGCAGAAGGAGCAGCAGCUGAGGAAGUGCAUCGAGCAGCUGACGGUGGCUCAGGCUGAGCUGCAGGAGUCGGUGAAGGAGCUGACGAAGAGCAGGAAGAAAUACCAGGAGACGGAGAUGAUGGCUCAGGCCGUCAGGGAGAAGGCAGAGCUGGACGCCAAGUCCAAGUUAAGUCUGUUCCAGUCCAGAUCCAGUCUGCAGAGAGCAAGCGUGAAGCUGAAAGCCAAGAGGAGCGAAUGUAACUCCAAAUCUACCCACGCCAGAAACGACUACCUUCUCACGUUAGCAGCCGCCAACGCUCACCAGCAGCGCUACUACGACACAGACCUCGUGGACUGCAUCAAGGUGUUAGACGGCAGAAUCUAUGAGCAGGUAAAGGAUUACCUGGUGGCGAUGUGUCAGACGGAGCUGGAAACUUACCAGGCCGUCCACGACACCUUCAACCAGCUGCUCAACAGCUCACACGGGGUGCUGCAGGAUUUUCACCAGCAGCUGUUUGCACAGAAGAACCCGAUGUUUCAGCGAGCUCUGGACUUCAUGUACCAGCCCAUCGACUCUGAUACGGUGAUGCAGCUGCAGAAGGAGAGUGGGACAACGGAGGAGCACAGUCUGGACAAGGAGGCCAGGAAAUGGGCGAGUCGUGUGGCCCGAGAAUACAAGAGCAUCAUCCACACACAGAGGGCUCUGGAAGAAUACGGGACGCAGGAGUCGUCAGAACAAAUCAACAGUGAGCUGGAGACGAAGAUGGAGGUGGCCAGACAGAGUCUGAGGAGGGCAGAGACUGUGAAGGUGAAAGCAGAGGCUCGCCUGGACUUGCUGAGGCAGGCGGGAGUCGCUGUGGAGACAUGGCUGAAGAGCGCAAUGAACCAGGUGAUGGAGGAGCUGGAGAACGAACGCUGGAACAACCUCAACACCCAUGAUCCUUCACUCUCUGGGACGGCAGAUUUGGAGCGAGAGGACGAGGAGGAGAUGGAGGACAGCGGUGAGGUGUUGGACGACAGCAGCUCCAGUCCGUCCAGCACUUUGAAAAACUAUCCGCUCACCUGCAAAGUGCUCUACUCGUACAAGGCGUCUCAGCCAGAUGAGCUGACCAUCGAGGAGCAGGAAAUCUUAGAGGUUAUAGAUGAUGGCGACAUGGAGGACUGGGUGAAGGCCAGAAACCGCAGUGGACAGGUCGGCUAUGUCCCGGAGAAAUACCUGCAGCUGCCAUCGUCCAACAGCCUGCUAAGUAUGCUGCAGUCUCUGGCUGCGCUGGACGCCCGCUCCCAUUCCUCCAGCAACUCCACCGAACCCGAGAUCGAGCUACCGACCGGCUCCGUCAAUGGAGACUCCAACGUGUCAUUUGCGAAGGCCUUGUACGACUACGUGGCACAAACGGACGACGAGCUGUCGUUCCCGGAAGGCGCCAUCAUCCGCAUCCUGAGCAGAGAGACCCACGAGGACGACGGCUUCUGGGAGGGAGAGUUCAACGGCAUCGUCGGCGUCUUCCCAGCCGUUCUGGUGGAGGACCUCGUCUGUCUCAGCGAGAACGGAGACGGACAAAGAGAAGGCAGCGCACAGGCGUCUCCCUCCCCUCUGGCUCAGUGCGAUCGAUCUCCACGUAGUCCCUUCCAGCCCGGUCCUCUCCACAGCAGUCCCCUGCAGACGCCCACCAUGUCGUCGCCUCUGGCCAGUCCCUGCAGCGCCACAGCGUCUCCCAUCGGCCGGCCGCCCGCCUAUCACAACGGACAUCACAGACCGCCGCCAGCGCCACACAAAAGCCCCUUUCAGAGUCCAUCACAGGGUUCACCACAACCUCCUAAAUACCCAGAGAGCACAGCAGGCUCCAUCCGACCGGUGCGCGCUGCUCCUCCGCCCCCGAAGCAGCAUCCUCGUGGGCAGGUGAAGCGGAGAGAGGAGGUGGAGAUCACGCUGGUGUGACCACGUCACCCUGGUGGUGGCAGCAGCAGCGGUGGCAGAGACUUCUCCUCAAACCAGCUGGUAUUUGGCGCCUCUAAACACACUCCUAAAGGAAACUUAAAAGAGGAAACUUAAACCCCCCUGAAGACACGUCCACUCUGUCCUCAGAGGGUCAGUGAGCUGUGGAGGACGACUGUGUCUUUAUCCUCCUCUCAGUGUUUCUCAUGUCUCAGACUCCCUUUCCCAACAUUUGUCUCAUAUUUGAAAAUAGACAGAAAACGAUGAGGUGAAGAUGACUUUUUCUCCAGGUUCUCUGGCGUCCUCCCACAGUCCAAAAACAUGCAGAUUUGUCUCUACGUGUGUCCCUGUGAUGGACUGAUGGACCUGUCUGGGCUGUGACCCAGCCUUUUCACCCCAAUGUCAGCUGGAAUUGGCACCAGCGCCUCCUCAUGUGGAGGAUAAAGCGGGAGAAGAUGAUUGAGUGAGUGAGCUCAUUGCCCUGCGAUGCAGACGUGAAUCGAUGAACAACUGAUUUAUUGCAAAUAGACUGUGGUGAAAUGUUCCACACAGUUUAUUUACUCAACCGUCAAGACAUAAACACCUUCUUUUUUCUUGCAAUGUUAAAGAAAAAAGGGGAAUGAAAGGGGAAUAUUUAAUUAGUUGAUCAACAAUACGAAAGAAAAUCCCGCUUCAGUAACCUUUAAUACAUGGAAUUCAUGAAUUCCAAUACAAGCAGUCUGUGUGCUGAGAUAAGCUGAGCUAAUUCUUGCCUGCUUCCAGUUUUAACUUAGCUACAUUUUAGACUCUUUCCAUUUCUGUUUUUUAAAGGUUUUCUUUGCAGUGUAGUUAGCUUUUGCUGGAGUUACAGUAACUGUAUGCAAAGUAGUUGUAGUGGAACGACCAAUAGGGGGCGCCCUCUCUUUCUUUGAAGACUGUAAACACACCAAGUGCCCUGUUCCCACCUACUGAACCUUUAAUACAUGUCCUAAUGAAUUUCAGUACAGACUAAAGGUUCCCCCUGUUUCCAGUCUGUAUGCUAAAAUAAGAUAAGCUAAUUCCCUCUUGCCUUUACUUUUAAUAUGUUUACCAGACAAACACAAAAGGCAUCAAUCUUCUAAUUCUGUGCAAGAAAGGAAAUCAUUUAUUUAAAAAAAAGAAAUGCUUGCAUUUGAAUUAGCAUAUUAUUGAUAAUAAUCUCUAUAAUAGAGAUUAACAAACCGAAAGCAUAGCAAAGGUAUAGUUGAGCCCAGUAAUCCAUGACUCGCGGGGUUUCCGUAAACCUGGCGUUGACCUGCCCACAGUUUUCCACAGUUUUGUCCACAAUUCUCGUACUUCUAUGCAACCGAGUUUAGAGUUAUUUGGCAAGAUGUCGCAUUUUUGUCGUGAACAUGCAGCUUCAACGCAAAACCAAAAGUCCCGCCGUCUCCACUCCACUCGAUUAAGAACGCCAGCGCCGGGCGAGGCUGGUCCUCGCCACGAAAAACACACACAGCGCAACUGCACCGUGCAGUUACGUAUUACGUAAACAAGGGAAAAGUGGCAAUUUUACUUAAGUGAUAGUUUGAAUCUCCUAGAAAAAAUUUAAAGUUUAAAUCCUUUGCAUUUAUAAUGGUUCUUUUUUUUUUCUUCUUCUUGUAGUCGUUAAGGAAGUUAAGGAAUUCUUGAACAUUUAAGGGAGAGACGUAGUGCGUACGUACAUAGUCUAACUUUUCUUUUUUCCUCUUGUGUUGUAAAAUAAAAAGAUCUAGAAAAUUGUUAUUAUGACUCUUAUGUUGCCAGUAAGGUUUGACUGGUUUGUUGAGGAGUGGGUUGCCGUUGGCGACGGUUAACACUGAGAUUUAUGUGCAGUUUAAGCGCGCCUUCUUUAUUUUUUUUAACGGCGGAAACCAUCCUGAGCUGCUAGCUAGUCCAGAUUAAGAGAAAAUAAGAAUCCAUAGUGAAGCACUUUUUUGACGUCUUCUUAUUCCUUUUCAGUAUUGUGGAUGCUACGUUUGUUUUGUUCGGCAUUUCUUGUUUGACGUUUUUUGUUUACCAGCUAUAUUGGUAUGAAUAUUUUCCUUUUAUCGGCUCUUGCGUUAUUUAGCCUUAAAUAAAUAGCCAUUGUAGUGUCUUUUGAUUUUUUUUUUUUAAUAUUAAUAGUUUACAGAGAGCUUGGAGAUGGAUAUCUGUACAAAUAAUAGCACAGCUUUUUUGUUUUUGUUUGUUUUUUCUGUUUUUUUUAAAUUUAGAAUUAGAUUAAAAAAAUAAUAAUAAUUAAAAAAAAACUUUUAAAGCCGUAGUCGGAUUCGAUCAGAGGAAAAGAGAUAUCUGUCGGCCAUGUCGCUGUGUUCUCGUUGAUCUCCUUGAGAUCUGAAUGACAUCAAACUUAUUUUUGAAGUUUGCAUUUACCCUGUUGUAUUAACAAAAAAAAUUAUAUUACAAAACAGAUCUCUUUUUUUCCCAACAGAGACUUUUAUUUUUUUUGUUUUUUGUUAACUUGCUACUGGUCCUGAUUCCACGUUAAGUCUGAAUCUGAAAUUCAGUUCCCUUGUUUUACAGUGUCAGCUGUCGAGUUUCAUAUUUACACACCAGUGGAUGUUCAAUUGUAUUUAUUGUGUACAAAUAAAUGUGAAAUAAAGAUAGAUAACAUGACAGAAACAA